GUCUGCUCAGGACUAUCGGGGUGGAAGCUCAGACAGACGACGCGGCCAUCCGUCAGACGCCCGCUGCUGCCGACCCGUCCUAGACAGACGGUUUCUCCGGUUAGCUGCCGAUGGGUGGCCAGGUUUCUUCAGAGCUGCGAGUUGUGAAAGAGGUUCGUAAAGGAGAAGUGAUUUCUGUCGGCUCCAUCAAGUAUAAUAAGAAGAAACUUCUGGGAGAAGGAAGCUUUGGGACGGCUGUUUAUCAGGGACAGUGCGGAAGGCGGGAAAAUGUGGCAGUGAAACGUAUACUCUACAUCGAUGAAAAGCAAGAAGACUUCAUUGAAAAAGAAAUCAGACACCUUCAAAAACUAGAAGAAGAUGGCAUCAAUGUCAUCAGGUACUACCACGUGGAAAAGUCAAAAAGAUUCUACUUCAUCGCUAUGGAGCUAGCAGUCGGCACAGUGGACGACUACGUGGAAAGAAAGCAGCACACUUCAGAGGUUGAUGAAAUUGCCAUCCUCCGAGACUCGUCCAUUGCACUUGAAUGGCUACACGGCCAGACUAUAAUUCAUAGGGACAUCAAGCCAUCGAACAUUUUGCUGGUUAAGAACAAGAGAGGUGAAACCGUGGCUAAACUCGCCGACUUUGGCGUAUCCAAGGACCUGACAACGAGCAAAUGGACAAUGUCUGGUACCGUCGGCACUCAGGGAUGGAUGGCUCCGGAGGUGAUUGCGGGCGAGCAGGAAACUCCUGGUGCGGCGGACGUGUUUUCCCUCGGCUUGGUCUUCUUCUACGUCCUCUCCAAAGGAAGACAUCCAUUUUUCAAAACUGCACGACACAUGAAGAUGAACAUUCGAGAUGCAGAGGCAUGCCUAGAAGCUUUCCAAGAGGGUUCAGCAAAGACGCUGAUCGCAGAAAUGAUACGGCUACUACCAAAAGAUAGACCAUCAAGCAAGUACGUGGCUAACCAUCCGACCUUUUGGAACGAGGAGAAGAGGAACAACUUCAUCCAGGUCAUUAGUGACGUCAUCAAAGAUGGAAAUGACGAAGAGUUGAGAGCUGUUGUCAAUAAAGAUCCCACUCGGGUGUUCGGAGAGGAGCAAGGUGAGCCCAAGGACUGGAGAAAAAUAAUCGACACCUCACUGGACAAAAGCUCCUUCAAGAGCUACAAAGAGCCGACCACAUUUGAGCUGCUGCGACUGGUUCGAAAUAAGCUCCACCACUUCAAUGAACUGUCUGAAGAGGUACGAUCCAGUAUGGGCUUUUCGACUCCCAGUGGACUUGUCGACUACAUAGCCGGCAUGUUCCCUCUUCUGCUGGUGCAUGUGUGGGAGGCAGCAAGAAUCCGUCGCGAUAAACCACACCUGCGGAAGUUCUACACUGCCGUGGAUGCUAUCAUCAAGGUGGGCCCAAACACUAUCAUCCUUCCGGCCGGAGUCGGUCUCAUCGAGCUGACGGAGCUGCGGAGCUCACGGGAGACUGUGGAGCGGCUGUCAGUCACCGCCGCCGACCUCCCGCGACUGAGGGAGCAGCUGCCAGAGGGCCUCAGGCGCCUCAAUGUCAGAGGGCCGGAGGUGACGGAGCCGAGGUGGCCGGGAGAGUCCCGUUGGGAUGGUCUGUGUGAUACAUAG